AACCAAUCUCUCUCUUUAUCAGUGAUAUUUACAAGUACAGGCCAACAGGGCAAAGAAGAACGAAGCGGAAAAUCGAAAAUCCUCAAAGAAAUGCAAAUCCAAAACCCUUCUUUUCCUCAUUAAAACCGUUCCUUCCCGCCGUCUAAACCAGCAAUGUCUCAAGCCAUUCAUCUUCUUCCUAACAACCUUACAGCCUUUGGACUGUCAGAUAGCAGAUGCCUACCAUGUUCUGGUGUUUCAGGACGAGCAGCCUCGGUCUCUUCUCGCUCUUUAUGUGCUGAACAUAGAAUCGAUGCACGGGUCAAAUUCAGACCCCUAAACUGUACUUCGUUGGGAGCAUCUUUUACGUGCAAAGCCAGCUCAGGAGGUCAUAGGAGAAACCCAGAUUUCUCAAAGCAAAAUAGGCAUGGCUUCUCGAGAAGCAGAAAUAGGCAAAAUGAGGAAAGAGAGAGCCUCGACAAUGUUGAUGAAUCUGAUUUAUUAUCGUCUAAGAAUGGGCCAUUACUCUCUAUCUCCAGCACCCCAAAAUCUCAGGCCACUGCUACUCCAGGCCCAAGGGAGAAGGAAAUUGUUGAACUUUUCAGGAAGGUUCAAGCUCAGCUUCGGGAGCGAGCUGCUAUGAAAGAAGAGAAGAAAAUAGAAGCUCAGGGACAAACGAAAGGGAGCGAGACAGUGGAUUCUCUUCUUAAGCUAUUGAGAAAGCAUUCAGUAGAGCAAGGGAAAAGAAGCAGUGGCGGCGGCAGCGGCGGGGGCAGCAGCAGCAAGGACUUCAAUUUUAACCAUGUCAAAGAGAAUGGUCAUUAUGACGAGGGAAAAGGCACAAGCAUUUUUGGCCUAAGUGCCAAUUUGAGAGAGAAGGCCCAAGAACCAACAGGUUCUUUCAGUAGACCCGUAUCAAAUUUUCAACGUAAAUCCCCCGUGCCUCGGGUGAAGUACCAACCAAUAUUCCCCGGGGAAAGUAUUGUCGACUCAACUGAUGGUGUGAAUUCAAAGGGAGUGAAACUUAAUGGAACUGAAACAAGAUCUCAACUGAAGGCAAAGGUAUGGACUCGGCAGGAGUCGACAGAACGAGGGCACUGGGAAGAGCUGCAAUCACAAGGAGAGACAAAGCAGGAGCCAGAGCUGGACCAAGAAUAUGAGUUGGAGCCAGAGGCUGAAUCAUAUGAGCUAGAGCAUGAUCCUGAUGAAACGGAGUCUGAACUUGUUAAUUUGUUGGGCGUGUCAUCAGACUUAGAUGACACAUUUGAUGAUGAUGUUAAAGACAAUGAGAAAUUUGCAAAGCAUGAUGAACAUGAGGACUUGAACUCAUUGAAGGUUGCUGAACUGAGGGCAAUUGCCAAAUCUCGCAGUUUGAAAGGGUUUUCGAAGAUGAAGAAGAGUGAGCUCGUGCAGUUGUUAAGUGACGUUCAUGUAUGAGAAUGUCAUGCUGGGCAGGAACUUCUGGGUUUAGGAUGUUUAGGUGUUUGUUUUUUCUUUCUUUUCUUUUGCUUGAAUAUAACCAAUCUAGUUUUGAGUUGGAAUUAGCUUUUCAAACCUUUUCCCAGAUUGUAUAUCAGGCUAGCCUUUUCACAGGUUCAGAGUACAUGUCAACAACAAUCUCUUCUUUCUCCUACUCAGAUUCUUGUUCACUUUUAUUAAUCAUUUUAUAAAGGGCUUUUUUGGAUUGUCAA